AUGGUCUUUAAGCGCUUGCACUCCUGCACUGAUGCGUGCAGGAAACACGAGCCCGGCUGGGUGUUGCUGCGCUCGCGGUCCUCAGGGGACGACGCAUCGAUCGCAGCGGACCGGCGCGCGGUCCAUGAAGCAUUUGACAUGGACGCUGCUGACAGCAAUCGCCUCACCACAGACAUGUACCGCAAAGAUGAGAGUGUCUUGGUAACAGCAGCGGGUGGGGCCAUCUCCAGCCCCCGCUACCCCAACUCCUACCCCCGCAACCUGCUCCUGUCCUGGAGACUGCUGUCGCCACCGGGGACCCGCAUCCACCUGGAGUUUGACACGCACUUCGGCCUGGAGGAGCCCGAGAACGGCGUGUGCAGGUAUGACUUUGUUGAAGCAGAGGACCGAUCGGAGACCAGCACCAUAAUUUGGGGUCGUUGGUGUGGUCAGAAAGCACCGCCCGGCCUCAACUCCAAAACCAACGUGCUCAGAGUCACCUUCAAGUCCGACGACUACUUCGUUGCCAAGCCGGGAUUCAAGGUGUACUACUCGCUGCUG